AUGGACCCAUAUCUCCAAAGUGGUACUAUUGAUAAUAAUAACUCCCUGACCCAUUUGACAACAACAAAACAACCACCAAAAUCAAAACUCAAAGGUUCUAAAACAAACACCAAAACAAUAAAAGCUCCUGGUUCUAGACUAGAAAGAGUAGCUCAAGCAUGUGACCGAUGUCGAGCCAAGAAGACUAAAUGUGAUGGAAAGAAUCCAUGUUCUACAUGUUCUGCUGUUGGAUUAGAAUGUAUUGUAUCUGAUAAGCUUUCAAGAAAAGCAUUCCCCAAAGGAUAUACCGAAACUUUAGAAGAGAGGGUGCGACAACUCGAGGCUGAGAAUAAGAAAUUAGUUGGACUUUUGGAUAUGAGAGAUGAACAAUUAGAAAUCCUAAACUCCGGGAUUAACAUAACCAACAACAAUAAAUCAGAUGGAGAAUUAAAUCAAUCUAUAAUCCUGACCAAUGAUUCUGACGAAUUUCAUAAAAUUACAGCGUCGAAUCUUAGUCUCUUAGAUCGACAAAAUGAUAUCCAUCUGCAUGAUCAUCAAGAAAAUGGUUGUCUAUGUUGUUCAAACGCCAGUCCUCAUGCCGUACAUGAUCGACCAGUAUCUAUCGCCGGGUCAGUAUAUGGUUUUGACAAUCACACAAUCCCCCGACCAGGAUCCAUUAAUCUAGACGACGGGAUUCUUGAUGAUGAUACCGAGAGUUUAUUAAGUCCCGAUGAAUACCUGAUGUUGGAAAAUGAUACCACAUUUGUCAGAAAAGGUGGCAGGCAUCAUCAUUAUGCUUCAAAUUCUACCAAUAGAGAACUGACCCCAGCACCAGGAGCAUUCGCAGCGGCAACGGCAAUUGCCCAAAUGCAAAAGAAUAAAAUCUUUCAGCAUGCUCAACCACAACAUCAAAAACAAGAGAAUUUGGCUAAUAAACAACAAUUACUUACUUCUUUGGUUGCGAUGUCUAUACCCAGAAGUACAGAGGAGACAUUAUGUAUUCCAACCUUAUUGGCCCGAGUAUGUCAAGCAUAUGGAUAUGACUCCAAACCGGCAGUAUUGGCCGCCAAUGCACUUGGGUCCCUCAAAGAAACCUCUAUUGAAGUUUUGAGAUCUCCACUACCUGAAGACCGUCAAGAAUCAUUGAAUAAGAUCAUUAUGAAUCGGAGUGGGGUUCAGAAAUUGAAUGAAAGUGAGGCAACGAUUUUCUUGAGGGAACUUAUUGAAUUACCACAAUCUAGACUUGAUAUGGAUCAAUUGAUCACCGUAUAUUUCCAAGAAUGGGCAAAUGCAUUGCCUAUUAUUGAUAAGAAUGGGUUUUUGAAGAAUUAUUUAAAGUUGACCAAUAUUCUUGAACAACACGAACAACAACAAAGGAUGGAGAAUGAAAGUGAUGAAUCAGUGGAUGAAUCGAAUUAUGAACUGAUUGAAAAAUUUGGUGCCAUUAUGGUGUUGAUAUUAGCUUUGGCUUUGGUGACUAAGAAGAAUACUUAUUUGAAUGAAUCUAAAUCAGAUAUGAUUGAAAGAUAUGCUAAUGUCGUAAAGCAUUAUGAUUAUUUAAUUCAUGAAUUCAUAAAACCAAACUGUCUCGUCACACAAUAUUGUUCAAUUCAGUCAUUACAAAUCUUAUCCUUAGCAUUACAAUAUUGUUUGGUCACCGGUGAUAUCACCACCUGUUAUGAAUUGAGAGGAAGAGUCAUAAGUAUGGCCCAACAACUUAGAUUACAUAGAUGUCCUGCUGCGGUGUUAGGUAUUAGUGGUUCCAAUGAUGGUGAUGUACUAAGAAAUUAUAUGCAAGCUGAAAGACGUAUUUUAUUCUGGUGCGUUUAUUGUUUGGAUGUGUAUGCAUCAUUAGGAUUGGGUAUACCGCGACUUCUCAAAGAUUAUGAGAUUGAAUGUGCAAUGCCUUUUGCAGGUAAGAGUGAUGAUGAUGAUGACGACGAUGAUAAUGUGAAUAUUUUGAUUGUUAAUAAUACGGAAUUAUCUAUUGUUGGUAAAGUUACCAAAUUUGCCUUGAGUAUUAUGUUAUAUUGUAAAGUGUUGGCUAAUAUUUUGGAUUCUAUAUAUUCUAGAUUUGAAAAUAAUGAUAUCCAAAGACAUUCAUUAUCUAGAGAUAGAAUGCUUGAUUGUUGGAGACGUGAAUUGCCAGUGGAUUUGAAAUUUGAAAUUGAUAUAAAUGGACUCACGUUGAAAGAUGUUAAUAAUAAUUAUAUCGAUGGGAAUUUAUGGCAGAAUUAUAACAAACAACAAAUCACAUUGAUAUUUUUAUAUUAUCAUGCCAAAAUAUUGAUUUAUUUACCUAUUAUUUCGAAAUAUGGACAUCAUCAUAAUGUAGGACUUUCAGAAAAGGAAAAAUUAGCCAAGGGGGAUGCCGAUACCGCUACAAUUGUUUCAAGUAUUAGUUUGAUUCAACAAUCAUGUCUACAAAUUCUUGAGGUAUUAAAAUGUCUUUCUUCCAAUUUAUCAUCUACCGCUUUACCAAUCCCAACAAAUAUCACUCGAGAACAAUCUUUAUUUGCAUUAUUCGUGGCCAAGGGGACAUUAGAUUAUAUUAAAGGUGGUCCAUUAUUUAACAAUCUGAAACAAUUGCUUUUGGAUACAAUCAAUAGCCUAAGUCAAGAAAGUCGAUUAAAUACUCCAGGUGGAUUGAAUAGAAAUUCAUUCAAAUUAUUAGAAUUGGCAAUCUUAAGUAUUCUCGGACUUAAAUUAAGUAAACCAACCAGUAAUAUUCGAAAAAAGGUCUUAACUUCCCAGCCAAUCACUAGAACAGCAGUAGAACGAGAUCCAGGAUUUCCAAGAACUUUAUUCCGGAAUAAUUCAACUACUCCACCUCCAACACCAGCAAUGAGACUUAAGAGUCCGACUAGUAAUUUCGAUAUCACUAAUGAUGAAAUGUUUAAUAUACUUGAAAAAGCAUCACCUCCAACGGUAAUGACAAAUUCUCAACCAGCACAAGAUACGUUUGUUACUGCAAAUGCUUCAGCAGAGAUGGGUGAUAUUCCAAUGAGUAAUGAUACUUUAAGUAUUGAUGAUUCAGAUGGAUUGGAAAGUCUUUUGAAAUUUGAUCCGUUUAAGAUUAGUAUUAAUCGUCAAGUACUUAUGAAUGAAUUUGUAGCUGAUGGGUCAUUGGGAUUGGUACCAUUUUUGGAAAUGCAUGAUAGUACUGGAAAUACGACAAAUGAAGAUAUGUUUAGUAUGUACAAUAGUAACAAUGAUGCUAGUCAAUCAGGAGCAGGAGCUCGUGGGGUUAGUCAGGAGUAUUGGGAUAUAUAG